AUGUCACUAUUUUAAUCUGUGGUAGUUCUAGUAAAUAGAAAGAAGAAUCGUGGAAAUUGACGAUUGCCGAAAAAUUUUGAAAAUUAUUCGAUUAAAUUUAUUUUCGGAUAGUAAACCGUACAAAUUAAAAUGUUUUAAUUCCAUUUUACCUCGUAAAGUGAUAUUUUAAAGCAUUUACCAUGGAUGCUGCAGUUUCAAAGACGAAACAUCGCGCGGCGAUGGGCAUGCUGGCAAUUUGCAACGCAGGCUCGCUGGUAGCCGCUACUAACCUAGUCAUCUCAUUACACCCUGAAGACAAGAUCACAGUAAAGCGCGGCGCUGCGCUGACGGCGCUCGGCUUCGUCUACUUCAUGACGUUGUUCGAGCUGCUCAACUCAUUGGCGCUCUCCACCGGCGCCGGCGCACGCUUCAGACACAAGUAUCGCCUCAGCUGCGGUGACGUGCUCGAUAUUACCAACAAAUUAGUAUCUGCGGUGCAGGCAGCUCUUUCGUGCGUGACCGGGACAAUUGUGUGCCUCUGGUCGUGCACCCGCGACUUCAUGCGGAGCUCCCACUAUAUGUCCGAGGCCUACGCCUGGUUCGGCGCCGCCUACUUCUUCUACGAUAUAUGGAGCAUGUACAUGGUGCACGUCCAAAUGAACUCCAAUCCAGAGGUUUCCUCGUCAAAACGUCGUCUAUCUAAGAACGGCUCGGCUCCACUUUCAUCUGGCGACAGCACAGUACAGAAGAAGCAAGGCACUACCUUCUUAGACUACUGCAAACAUGAACCUGUCAUACUGAUGCACCAUCUCUUCAUCGGCGGCUUCGGGUUCCUUGUCAUUGUGUAUCUACGCGGUAACCUAGGCGACUGUACAUUUGGUUUCGUGUACCUGAUGGAGCUGUCGACGCCAUUCGUGUCGGUUCGCGGGAUCCUAUCCCGGAUGAGGUUAAAAUCGUCUCGGCUGUACAUUGUCAACGGCAUACUGAUGUUGCUUACGUUUUUCGUGUGUCGAGUACUCAGCUUGCCUUACGUCUGUCUCAUGUACAGCAGAGUUCUAGGACUGUCUUAUGUUGAUGCAAUAAGAUCCCUACCGACGGGCUGUAAGAUAUCAAUUUGCAUCCUCCUUCUCCCCCAACUAUACUGGUUCUACCUGAUGUCGGCGGGCGCGUUGAAGAUGUUGUUCGGGACAGGUAAGAAGUCAGCUUCCUUCAGCGGCGGGGACGUGGCGGCCAGCAGCCUGCCGUGCGCGGCGCAGUGUGACGCGGCGCAGUGCGGCGCGGCGCAGGGCGGCGCGGCGCAGUGCAGCGCGGCGCCGCCCGGGAAGGCGCACAAACGGAGCUGAUGCCAGGCGCGGCGCCGGCGCCGGCACCACUAGGACACCUCGCACUGCCCAGCCAAGGGGACUAUAUGUCAUGCCAUUCUUGUACAAAUGUAGCCAUGUAUCAGUAUAUUUAACAGGCUGUUGAUUCAAUCAAUUUUGAACUUUAAUGCAAAAUUUCAAGGUUGAUUUUCAUAAAUUCGGGUCGUUUUAUGUGCAGUUUGUAAUAUUUAUAUCACACGUAUGCCAUGGAUACGUUUGUACAAAAUUAUUGCAAUGAGUAUGUAAAGAGAUCAAGUUUUGCAUCUUUAUGCUCUCAAGUAUUAAUUGGUAAUUCUAGAUCUGAAACUGCUAGUUGAAUCUCGAAUAUCUCAAAUAUUUUUCACAUAUUUUAUGCCUUUUCAAUACCCAUAGUCUUCAUGCUGUAAACAAGAGAGACGCUUUUAACAUUUCUAAAGCAGUAUUAUUUUUGCAAACCUUGGUCUUUUAUAAUAGUCUCGUUAUGUCCCCUGUAAAGUUGGUCUGGCGCGGCCUGGCUCUGUUAGAGCUACUGUUAUGUUGUAGCUUUGUUCUGGAGCUCAUGUUGGUAGCACUGAUGGCGUGAUAGUACUGGGAGCGAUUCAUAGAUGGCGCUAAUGAGCUAUGUUAAUAUUUAACGCCAAAUUAUUUUUACUAAAUUCAAUUAUAGACUGUGGUACAAACAUGUGUUGCAGUUCUAUUGUCGCCUAGAAUUGCUAUGGCACUGUUAAUUAAAUAAUAGUUUCUACCAACAUUGGCUCCAAGCAAAGCGAAAAGACUGCUUGUUGGUGGCUCCAUCUGUUGAUGGGAAAUGUAGUUGAUGUUGUUCGUGUCCGACGUUAGAUGGUGCUGUUACUAAUUUUGGUCGAAACCGAAAUAAAUUGAAGCUCAUCGAGUAAAGUCGUUUUAGGUAGAAAUAUAAUAAUAAAAUUGAUAUGGCCACGUUAAAUAAAUAUAUAUUUCUAAGUCAUUAUUGUAUACAGAAUUCGUAAACGAAUAUUUAUCUCGAAUAUAAAUAUAUUUUGACUUCGUACAGUUACCGGUAAUCUCGAUUAUUGCCUCAAUUUUUGUCUAGAAUUCACAUUUUGAAUAGAUUGACGUUUUACGGCCUAGCCAACGUAACUACGAGUUCUCGAGAAGAAAGAAUUAUCUUAAUUUUCGAGUAUACGCCUAAAAGUAUCUUCCAAUAAAUUGUAAAUAAAAUUAGAAGUCUCAUUUCUGCAUAUUGUUUUAUAUUUAUGAAAAAAAUAUUAAAACUGCCUUUUACCAAAGCACAAUAAUGGUCCGCAAGUAUUUAUACAUUUUCUAUUUCUUAUUUUUACAUUAUAUUUUUAAUUAUAUUUUUAUUCUUACUUACAUGAAUACGUCGAAGUUUUUAGGCUCCUAACUUCGAUAAUUUUAGCCGAAGUUGGACAAUUGGCUGGCCCCAUAACAUAAUGUUAUAAAAUUAUGGUAAAAUUGUUGUUUCUCUAAUAAAAAUUUUGCUAAGUAUGUGGUUUAUAUACAAAAUGUAUUUAACAGCACAAUAUUAUAUGUCAUAGGUGUAGCUUACUGUUGAUAAAUGUUUGCUGUCUAUUAAUUCAAUGUUUACAUGUUACAAAGGCUUAUUUUGAUAGUAAAGUGGAUCGUCGCAAUCAUUUUAGAUAAUAAAAGGUUAAAAAGGUAUCAGAGGCCUUAGUACGAAUUGUUUUACGUUUAAAGAUAUCGAAACAAGGCACGUUCGGGUUCUGAUUCGUUGGUUCAUUGGAGUCGGCCAAUUACAACGUCGAACGUGAUCUCGUUUCGAUUAUCUUUGUUUUUGGCCGGCCGUCUGAUACUUUUUUGCCUCUGAACAGUAUUUUCAAACAAUGAUACUUAGGGAUUUAUUUGUAAAAAAAAGAAAUAAAUAAGUCACUGAGUUUUGCAUGGCGCUGGUGUCGUUUUAAGUAUGCUAGACUACUACACCAUUUGCAAUUGUCUAGUGAGUAAACGGCUGCUAAUUAUAGUGAUGGAUGACUCUACUUUGUUCAAAAAGUUUUAAAAAUUAGCUGAUUGGUUUAUUAUCAUUUUCUUAUAUUAUGGCAGCUUUGAAUUUUGCUUUAAUAAUGAUCACCUUCCUAUCAAAAUGUGCUAUGAAAUGAGUCACUUAUUAAGAUGAACAUACUAAUAACACAUGCACAAAUCUAUGAAUCAGUCUGUCAGAUAAACUGUAAGGGUAUAUAUAACACCAAUAUAUAAUUUUAUAUACUGUCAAAAACUGAAGUUAAGUUACUUCAGUUUUAAAUUUUCGGUCGAAGUUAAUAACUCUUUCAAUCCAAAAUCUUUCGAUUGACCUGUUUUUGACAGGAUUUCAAUAGAACUUCAGGAAACAGAGGGUAAAGUUUCAUAAGAUCGGAAAAGGUGACCUCCAACCAAGCGAGGUAGUCAUGUCUGGCUUGCGACUGCCCAACAGUCAUGCGUUGGGAUUUUCUAUGCAUGUUUAAUCGCGUGUAAGCUUUAUAAGGGUGAUGUAGGAUUAUGACGUCAUCUCUGUAGUUAAAUCUUCAAUAUGCAUCGCCACAGAACCAAUAUAAAAUAUCGAUUGCAAUCCAAAGAUUUUUGAAUCGGUAAUUUAUUUCGACCGUAAAUGCAUCUUAUAUUAUUAUCUCGUAUUGGUGUCAUUGUUAAAAUUAAGUGAAAAACGCGCAAAGUUUUAGCGCUUAAUGUUAUGAAAUGCGUGAUGAUGAAUCUCUGUGUAAAAUGAAUACUACCACUAUGGUUUUGGUUUGUUUACUAAAAAUUUUGUCAUAAUGCGUUGAGGCUAAUUUUGUUGAAUUUAUUAUCUGUUUACAUAUUUUUCGAUUACUUUGUGAUUCAAUGCUACCAAUUUUGUAUUCUAUUCCUGUAGCCAUAAGACUAAUUGGGACUGGAGAAAGUAAUUUCUUUAGUAGUUGUUUUUUGCGUCCUCCUUCCUUGCGUGCGAAUGGAAGCUUUAUGGCUAACGGGAUAGAUGUUAAAAUUGGUUAUUUCUAGAAACAUUUAAACAGAGGUAACCUUACUCAAUUUUCCUUUCUUGGAUUUUGGUGAUUUUGUUUGUUUGUAGAAAUUAUUUUGUUACUUAAUGGCGCGUUGUGGCUUUAUAAUUAUUGUUUCUAGCUAUUUAGUCUAUAAAGUAAAUUAUUUAUUAUGUACAUUGUACGUGUGAAUGCGAACCGAAUUCUUCCAACCAAUUUACUUCCGGUAUGCCAAAAUAAAUUCAUUCCAUACUAAAACUCUCCGAGAUCUUUACUAAUCGCAUUUUAUAAUAGAAUUAAGACUUUUA